CCCAACGCUUGCCGUCCUCCGCCAGUCCGGAGUGGCACCAUUAUGAAAGACUCAUCUUCUGCUGGGUCCGGAGCAGAGACUACUGGUGGGCUAACUGUCUCACGAGCGGCGGGAUCCCACCCCACACAGGACACCCCUGAUAGAUGGCUGAGAGCCCCGCAGGAGAUCUCCCUGAGUCUGUACGGUGACGACAAUGUCCCAGAAAUCUUGGAUAGGAAACAACUUCACCAAGAGGGAAUGUAUAUAUAUAAUUCCAAGCUCAAAGGAUCCACACAAAUGCCUUCCGGGAUGUCAGAUUUGCCAGCAACUCGUGAGGUGCUGCUGUGGCCGCUUGGUCAGGCAGCAUGCUUGCUUUACAGCAAGCCAUGCUAUGAAAUACUCAGAUGUGAAACUAGGUGAAAAUUUUAAUGAAGAAUUAGAACAAUGGUCAGUAGAGAAAGACACAGAGGAAAGCCCGACAGAUGCUUAUGGUGUUAUAAACUUUCAAGGAGGUUCACAUUCAUACAGAGCAAAGUACGUAAGAUUGUCCUACGACUCUAAACCUGAAACCAUUCUACAAUUGAUGCUAAAAGAAUGGCAAAUGGAGUUGCCCAAACUAGUCAUCUCUGUUCAUGGCGGAAUGCAGAAAUUUGAGCUUCAUCCACGAAUCAAACAAUUAAUUGGCAAAGGACUCAUUAAAGCAGCAGUGACAACAGGAGCCUGGAUAAUAACCGGAGGCGUUAAUGCUGGUGUUGCAAAACAUGUUGGUGAUGCCCUGAAAGAACACGCAUCAAGAUCAUCUCGAAAGAUUUGCACAAUUGGAAUUGCACCUUGGGGAGUUAUUGAAAACAGAAAUGAUCUUGUUGGAAGAGAUGUUAUUGCACCAUAUCAAACCUUGCUAAAUCCUCUGAGCAAACUCAACGUUCUGAACAAUCUCCAUUCCCAUUUCAUACUUGUGGAUGAUGGCACUGUAGGAAAAUAUGGAGCUGAAGUGAGUGUACGGCGGGAACUAGAAAAGUCCAUCAACUUGCAGCGUAUUCAUGCACGAAUUGGCCAAGGUGUCCCGGUAGUGGCAUUAAUCUUUGAAGGUGGACCGAAUAUAAUAUUGACUGUAUUGGAAUAUCUCCACGAAAGUCCACCUGUCCCAGUUGUAGUGUGUGAAGGAACUGGCAGAGCUGCUGAUAUAUUGGCUUAUGUCUACAAGCAAACAGAAGAAGGAGGAAAUCUGCCUGAGGGGUCUGAAUCAGAAAUCAUUUCAACAAUCAAAAAGACUUUUAACUUCAGUCAGUCUGAAGCAGUUCAUCUUUUUCAGACAGUUAUGGAAUGUAUGAAAAGCAAGGAACUGAUUACUGUGUUUCAAAUUGGUUCAGAUGUAUAUCAGGACAUUGAUGUUGCAAUUCUUACAGCACUUCUAAAAGAGACAAAUGCAUCUGCUCUUGACCAACUGAUUUUAACACUUGCCUGGAACAGAGUUGAUAUUGCCAAAAAUCAUGUUUUUGUCUAUGGACAACAGUGGUUGGUUGGCUCUUUAGAACAAGCCAUGCUAGAUGCUCUUGUAAUGGACCGUGUUGCAUUUGUCAAACUUUUAAUAGAAAAUGGAGUCAGCAUGCACAAGUUUCUAACAAUUCCCCGACUAGAGGAGCUGUACAACACUAAACAAGGUCCUUCAAACCCAACUCUUGUUCAUCUUGUUCGGGAUGUGAAACAGGGCAAUCUUCCCCCAGGUUAUAAAAUUUCAUUGAUUGAUGUUGGACUUGUUAUUGAAUAUCUAAUGGGUGGAACUUACAGAUGCACUUAUACAAGAAAACGCUUUCGGAUGAUUUACAACAACCUUCACGGUGGUAAUCGGAGAUCGGGAAGGAACACUACUGGCAAUACCCCUCAGCUGCGUAAACCUCAUGAAUCAUUUGGAAACAGGACAGAUAAGAAAGAGAAAAUGCGACACAAUCACUUUCUCAAAACAGCUCAGCCUUACAAAUUGAAGCAAGAUGCAUCUGCAGAUGAAGUGAAAAAGAAAAGGAUGAAAGAGGAGGUUGUAGACAUUGAUGACCCUGAAAUGAAACAUUUUCCAUACCCAUUUAAUGAAUUAUUGGUUUGGUCUGUGCUAAUGAAGAGGCAGAAAAUGGCACUUUUCUUUUGGCAACAUGGAGAAGAGUCAAUGGCAAAAGCAUUAGUUGCUUGCAAAUUGUAUCGGUCUAUGGCUUGCGAAGCCAAACAAAGCGAUGUUGUAGAUGAUUCAUCAGAAGAACUUAAAGAACAUUCAAGUGAAUUUGGUCAGCUGGCAGUAGAUCUCCUUGAUCAGUCGUUCAAGCAUGAUGAAACCAUGGCAAUGAAACUUCUCACAUAUGAGCUAAAAAACUGGAGUAAUUCUACUUGCUUAAAGCUUGCAGUAUCAUCUAGGCACCGUGCAUUUGUGGCCCACACUUGUACCCAAAUGCUGCUUUCUGACAUGUGGAUGGGAAGAUUAAACAUGAGAAAGAAUUCCUGGUAUAAGGUGAUUUUAAGCAUUUUGGUUCCCCCUACAAUCCUCAUGCUGGAAUAUAAAACAAAGGCAGAAAUGGCUCACAUUCCACAAUCCCAGGAUGCACACCAGAUGGCAAUGGAGGACAGUGAACACAAUUUUCAAAAUAUUUCAGAAAACAUUGCAAUGAAUGUUUUUAAGGAAGUUCAGGUUUUUGACAACACAGAAGUUAAGCAUGACCUUGAAAUUCAGGUGAAACCUCACAGACUUCCAAUCACUCAGAGGUUUUAUGCAUUUUACCAUGCUCCAAUCGCAAAGUUUUGGUUUAACACAUUGGCCUAUUUGGGAUUCCUUAUGCUUUACACAUUUGUGGUUCUUGUGAAGAUGGAACCCUGGCCUUCGGUACAGGAAUGGAUUGUAAUCUUAUACAUUUUUACUUCAGCUUUUGAAAAAAUCAGAGAGAUGUUCAUGUCAGAGGCUGGAAAAAUUAAUCAGAAAGUGAAAGUAUGGUUUGGUGAUUAUUUUAACAUCACUGACACCAUUGCAAUAAUUACUUUCUUUAUUGGCUGUGGACUGAGAUUUGGGGCAUACAAAAACAUUUCUGAAGACCCAUUGAAGGAAGACUCUUCAUAUGUUUUAGUGGCUGGAAGGCUAACAUACUGUCUCAAUAUAAUUUUUUGGUACGUCAGAUUACUGGAUUAUUUGGCUGUUAAUCAGCAAGCAGGACCAUAUGUAAUGAUGAUUGGAAAAAUGGUGUCAAACAUGUUUUACAUAGUGGUCAUUAUGGCAGUUGUGCUUCUGAGUUUUGGUGUUCCUAGAAAAGCCAUACUUUAUCCUAAUGAAGAACCAUCUUGGACUCUUGCAAGAGAUAUUGUUUUCCAGCCUUACUGGAUGAUCUUUGGUGAAGUGUAUGCUUAUGAGAUAGAUGCAUGUGCCAAUAACUCUGAGGUACAAGACCUAUGUAACGUCGGAUCAUGGCUUACCCCGUUUCUUCAAGCGGUCUACCUUUUUGUCCAAUACAUCAUUAUGGUCAACCUCCUCAUUGCAUUCUUCAACAAUGUUUACUUCCAAGUGAAAGCCAUCUCAAACAUUGUAUGGAAGUACCAGCGAUAUCAUUUCAUUAUGGCAUAUCAUGAGAAACCUGUUCUUCCUCCACCCCUAAUCAUUCUAAAUCAUUUAGCUUCACUGUUCUGUUUUGUAUGUAAACGAAGAAAAAAAGACAAGACUUCGGAUGGACCAAAAUUAUUUCUAACUGAAGAAGACCAAAAGAAACUUCAUGAUUUUGAAGAGCAAUGUGUAGAAAUGUAUUUCAAUGAAAAAGAUGACAAAUUUCACCUGGGAAGCGAAGAAAGAAUUCGGGUUACAGCUGAAAGGGUUGAGCAGAUGUGUAUUCAAAUUAAAGAAGUCGGAGACAGAGUCAACUACAUUAAGCGAUCAUUACAUUCUUUGGAUUCACAAAUUGGCCAUCUACAGGAUCUUUCAGCUUUGACUGUGGAUACUUUAAAAACUUUAACUGCACAGAAGGCAUCUGAAGCUAGCAAAGUUCACAAUGAAAUAACACGCGAGCUAAGCAUUUCCAAGCAUUUAGGACAAACUCUUGAUGAGGGCCCACUGCGAUCUUCUAUGAGAAAAAAACAAAGUGUUGGAAAUUUUUUUGGAUCUUCACUUCCACAGGGAAAUGCUGAAACCAACAGUAAUUUUAUGUUUAAUAUUUCUCUGCGGGAUGAAAGACUUGAACAAAGCAGGAAACUGGGUGAAGAUUCAGAUUUAGAGAGGGAAAUGUUUAAUAUUCCAAGGGCAAAUACCUCUGAAUGUGCCUUACUUUCAAACACUGACUGUCCUGCAGAAUUGAUAAAUAAACAAGAAAUCGAAUCUAUAACUGAUAAUCGUAAAAAUGAAAACUCUACCGGUAGUGUACCAACCUGUGCACCACCCAUGGCUACAUUUUUUGUAAGCACACCCAACCAACCCAGUUUUAAAAGUCAGUUAGAAAAGCCCCUGCAGGAACAAACUGUUAAAGAGAUGGAAAAUAUUGUAGAAUAUGGAGCUUUUGUUGGUCACAGAGACUGUUCAUUGUUACAUCGAAGAAAGGAACCUGAAAACAAAAGCCAAAAAGAAACAAUGCCUACUGCUGCGAUGGCUAUGCAACCAAAUUCAAGCUUGAAACAAGUGAAGUCGUGUGCGGGUUUUAUGGAGCUCAAUAAAAUUUCUCCGUCCUUGUGCUUAGACCAGCUGCACAACACUAACAGAAGAGCGUCCCUGACUGAGGAUACUAGUUUGGAAGAAUCCAAAGAAACUUUUCUGACGGAUUGGUUGCAAGCACAUUCUUCGCAAGCACAUUCUUCCUUAAUCAAGCCAAAACCUCCUUUAGAAGAUGCUCUAAAUGGCAUUGGUUCUCCUUUCAAACCUAUAGUGGACAUCAAUUGUUUUUCAGCUGUUGAAAGAAACAAUUUGAUGCGGUUGUCCCAGAGUAUUCCUUUUACCCCUGUGCCACCAAAAGGUGAAUUGGUUACUGUAUAUCGCCUGGAAGAGAGUUCACCAAAUAUCUUGAACAACAGCAUGUCAUCCUGGUCCCAAAGGGGACUUUGUGCCAAGAUUGAGUUUUUGAGCAAAGAGGAGAUGGGAGGAGGGCUCAGGCGUGCAGUGAACGUGGCAUGUACCUGGUCUGAGAAUGACAUCCUCAAACCUGGGCAUUUCUAUAUAAUCAAAUCCUUUCUUCCUGAAGUUGUGAAUACUUGGUCAGGGAUAUACAAAGAAGAUACUGUUCUUCAUCUCUGUCUUAAAGAAAUACAACAGCAGAGGGCUGCCCAGAAAAUGACAUUUGCUUUCAAUGAAAUGAAGCCAAAAUCUAUUCCCUACUCUCCAAGGUUUCUAGAGGUGUUUCUUUUAUACUGUCAUUCUGCCGGCCAGUGGUUUGCAAUUGAAGAGUGCAUGACUGGAGAGUUUCGCAAGUACAACAACAACAACGGAGAUGAGAGCGUGCCGACUAAUAUGUUGGAGGAAACCAUGCUUGCUUUCAGUCACUGGACAUUUGAAUAUACAAGAGGGGAGCUUCUGGUGCUUGACUUACAAGGUGUUGGUGAAAAUUUAACUGAUCCAUCAGUCAUAAAGUCUGGAGAAAAAAGGUCUUCAGAAAUGAUAUUUGGUCCAGCAAACCUUGGAGAUGAUGCUAUUAAAAAUUUUCGUACUAAGCAUCACUGUAAUUCUUGCUGUCGAAAACUUAAACUUCCAGACUUGAAGAGAAAUGACUACACGCCUGACAAAGUGAUAUUCUUUCCGGAUGACAAUGCAGAUUCCUCAACUGAUCCAGAUAGUACCACCAAAGAUAACACCACCAAAUCUUCUAUACGUUUAAUGUUGUAACUGCAAGACCAUCAAUUUUGAGAUUCAUCAUUAUAAAUAAAUACAAGUGUUAGGGAUUGCACAAAUGUGCAUGCUGCUAGUAGUGUUUUUCUUUUUAUAUAUAUAUAUAUAUAUAUAUAUAUAUAUAUAUAUAUAUAUAUAUAUAUAUAUAUAUAUAUAUAUAUAUAUAUAUAUAUAUAAAUGUUUUCCUUUUUUUUAAAGGUCCUGCCAAUGCUCUUAACCACAGGAAAUGAAUUACCUGUGGUGCAUCACAGUGCAAUGUGCUGUAUUGUUCAGCAUCUACAUGCAAUCUACAUGUAACUUGUGUUGCAUACAUGUAACAUAAGACAACAGUAACUUGAACUUAACUGUGCAUAGUGGCUAUCUUUUAUACAUUUCAAUUUUAUCAGUUCUUUGAUAAAGCCAUGAUCAACUUAAUUCAUUGUAUAGAAUAGCAAAAAAACAUUUUUUAAUUAAAAAAAAAAGUUGCCUUGUAAAGAGAAGUGCUUUUUUCUGGUAUAUUAUGACUGCUAAUGAUGUAAAAUCUUCCAAAGACCUCAAACUGUACAACUUGUAUAUCAGAUUAGAAUGUACACAAUCUCUUGUCAAUUUUUAAUGUAUUUAAACUUCUGUAAACAAAAAAACUUUAUUGUAAUGUGGUAUAUAUUUUACCUAAUGACAUAGUGGUUGUAAAUUAUGGGACAUUGCAAUGCAACUAAGCCUUUAAAGUUAAUUGUCAUUUAAUUAUUCCCAAUGUUAAGAAAAAUAUAUGUAUGUAUAAACUUUACUUUUUUUGUUAGAGGUACUAAAUGCAAGUUUUAAAUAGAAAACAAAAUGAUUUUCCAUAUGUUUUUAUCCAGUAGUGUAUCUUAUAGAUACAUUACAUAAAGGCACGAGCAAGCUAGCUGUAUAAAUUGUUUUAUGUUGAAGGGGGGGGGUAAAAAAUAUAUACGGUAUACAUUUUAUAUAUCAUUUAAAUCUUUAAAAAAUAUUAAAUAAAUUUAUUCUUCUCACAA